AAUGGUGCUAGUAUGUCUAAUAUUCAGUGUAUUAUCAACUAUAGAAUCAUACUCAAAGAGGUUUGAGGAAACGCUUUUUUAUAUGGAAAUAUUCCUGGUGGUUUUCUUCAGCUGCGAGUACGUGGUUCGUCUCUGGUCGGCAGGCUGCAGGCAGCAAUACCAAGGCCUUAGGGGGCGCCUCCGCUUCGCAAGAAAACCGAUUCUUAUCAUAGAUCUUAUUGUAGUAAUUUCUUCUACUGCCGUAAUGUGCUUUGGAUCCGAAGGACAAGUAUUUGCUGCAUCAGCAAUCAGGGGUGUACGUUUUCUUCAAAUUCUUCGUAUGUUACACAUAGACAGGCAAGGAGGAACAUGGAGACUCCUUGGAUCAGUAGUAUUUAUUCAUCGGCAGGAGCUGAUAACCACUUUAUACAUAGGCUUCCUAGGACUUAUAUUUACCUCAUAUUUUGUUUACUUGGCGGAGAAGGAUCACAUAGAUGCAAAGGGUAUUUGUCAGUUUGAGACCUACGCAGACGCUUUAUGGUGGGGUGUGGUAACCGUGACGACCAUAGGCUACGGAGACAAAGUCCCCAAUACUUGGCUAGGCAAGAUGAUUGCGUCCUGCUUCUCCAUAUUUGCAAUUUCUUUCUUUGCUUUACCAGCGGGUAUUUUAGGUUCUGGGUUUGCUUUAAAGGUACAGCACAAGCAAAGGCAAAAACAUUUCAGUCGUCAGAUUCCUGCUGCUGCCACCCUUAUACAGUGUGCCUGGAGGCUAUAUGCAUCAAAUCAGGAAGGCUUUAAAUCCGAAGCCACAUGGAAAAUCCACUUAGCGCCCCCUACGCCCAGCUUGCAACAAUCCGUGCCUAACCAAAUAUCAGGGGUCGUGAACUCUGUCAAACCUCACCUCGCGUUGAAGCGGCGGAAAAGCUCCAAGCUAAGCCUCAAGGAGGCGCUCCUGCCUACCACGCUCCUCGAACUGUGCGAGCAGCCGACGUCGGCUCCGAACCAGAAUUCAAAUUCCAAUGCCUCCUCACCGCCGGCGGAUAAGAUAUCGCCGUUAAUCGCCGGUGGGGUUGCCUGUAACUUGGCUGGAUCGGUUGCGGUGGCGGCAGCGGGUGCCGGCGGUGACAUGGUUUGCUACAUGGAAGAACCAACUGCAGGAAACCCCAAUAGGAAAAGAGCGGUAGAGUUGUCGGUCUCGGACAGCUCGCAGAAAACGAUGAGAAUGGGAGAUAUUAUUUGCCUUGAUGCCCACGACGAGAGUGAUAACUAUAGCCUUCCCUAUGUGCCUGAAACAAUAACCACACUCACAGAUGCCCAUAAAAAUGCAAUUCGUGCAAUAAGAAAAAUUAGGUAUUAUGUCGCAAGGAGAAAAUUCCAGCAAGCAAGAAAACCAUACGAUGUCAGAGAUGUCAUAGAGCAAUACUCACAGGGCCACCUAAACAUGAUGGUCCGAAUCAAAGAACUACAGAGAAGAAUCGAUACUACGUUAGGAAAACCAGGAUCAAUGCUUUUUGGAGACAGAAAGCGGCAAACAGUUGUUGCAAGAGUUGCUGUAGUAGAACAAAAUAUGCAAUUGAUGGAUCGGAAGCUGGACAAGUGCAUGCAACUCUUGAAUAUCCUGGUUGACCGAACCACACCACAACCCGUGAGGAGACCAAAGCCUUCCAGUAAGACGACAACGUCUUCAUCUUCCUCAGAGGACGAAGAUGAGGAGGAUAGUUCUAGACGGGCAGCGAGUGGUAGCACUGAUACGUAAAGGGAGAUGUCUUCAAUGUCCCGGAUAGGCAGUGUCUCAGGUUUUGCAGUUGGGCCAUUCCAUACGUACAUAUUCCAAUGGAGUGCCUCAUUACUUGCAGAUGUUGUCUUCAAGGAAAAUGGCUUGAAGGUUGCAGCUAGACAGAAGCUCAGGUUGAACAGGAUGGGAUGUACUUGUCAAAAAGUAGAUCAUCAGUGAAGAUCACUGUAACUCCAGCUCUUGCAGUUGCUGUCGUCAAGGAAAAUAGCGUGAUGGAAACAGCUAGACAGAAGCUUAGGUUUAUACCACUCAAAGCUGUUAAGUGAAGUUUGGUCAGUUUGGUCCCAUUUUCCAGAUACUGUCUUUGAGGAGAGUCGCUCGAGGGUUCCUGUUAGAUGGUGGCUCAAGUGAAGAUCAGUUGGGUCCCAUCUCUUGCAGAUGCUACCUUUGUGAGGAAAAUGGCGUAAAGGUUGCAGCUAGACCAUAGCCAGAGUUUUCCAGAUCGGUGUACUACCAUAGCUGUCUGGUGAAGAUCGCUUGGGUCCCAUCUCUUGCUGAUACUGUCUUUGAGGAAAAUGGCUUGAAGGUCACAAUAACUCAGUAUCUCACUUUUUGCUGUUGGAUUAUGUUCCAUCCAUAUCUGUCUGGCGAAGAUUGGUCGCAUCCAAUCUUCUGACGCUCUCUUCAAGGAAGGCAUGGGUGUCACUGUUGAGCAGUGGGGUGGGCUUUACGGAUAGUGCUGUAUCGGUAUCUGGUAAAGAUCAUAAUUCUUUCUGAUGCUAUUAUCUGUGAAAACUCAUGUUGCCUAUCAAAGGAGAUCAAGUAUUAACACCAAUGUCUAGAUAGAUGGAAACAUGCACAGUACUUAAUCCAUGCACCUCCAGAAGCACUUCACAUUCCAAAAGAAUAGCGACUGCUCAACAGUCAGUUGCUGUUGGCUGCAGGAUGACCUUGUGAAUUGCUGCUAUCUCCCAUCCUUGAUCGUGUCAAGACAGAAAGCUUUUGGAGUACAAGAAUCAUAUCAGUACACCGCUAGAGAAGUUUGUUGUUUGACAGCAACCAAAUAAAUGAUAAGUAGAUAGUAAGCUUCAUGUAUGCAUUAUUACAGAGUCUCACAUUCAAAUAAAAGAUCUUCAUGGCCUUAGCAUUGCAUGAGGGUAUGUGUAAAUAAAGCCCCAUCUUAUCACUAUCACUAAGUUUUACAUUCCACUUCAGCAUAAACCAAGAAAUUGAGAAUGUAGGGAAUCUGCAGAGAGAGAGAGGCUGAGCAGAAUUCCUACCGAAAGAUGCAGUGUAGACUUUGUCAUGACACCUUAAAAGCUUCAGUGCAGGCACUGAUAAAGGCCAGGGUUUUUCAAGGAUGUAGCUGCCAAAGCCCAUAGCCACUUGAAGACUACAAAACGUGUUCCUGCUGCAUUCGCUCCUAUCUCGAUGUCUCUGAACACAUAAUGUAGGGUUCUUUUGUGGCAAGAGUUGUUGCAACGUGAGCUGGCAUAUAUGAUGUAGGUUAAUAUGGAAACUACUGCCUUUGGCUCCUUGUCCUUUUUUGGUGGCAGCGGUGGGAUGAUUACAUAGUGGGUAGUGUGACCAGGGCAGUGUAACAUGAAGCAUCUUGUCAAGGAUAUUAACUCACAAAUUUGCCCUGAGCCAAUCAGAUGCAAGGAUUUCAGUAGUUUAUAACACUUGUCAGUGAAAAUCAUUGACUGUAGAAUUCAGCAAGAUAGCCACUAAAGUUUUGUCAAGAAACAUAUGCAGUUUGGAAUAAUACAACGUUCUUCAUCAAAUUCAAACUAAGUGUUUGAUCAUGUUUUCAAAAUGUGUCAUAACUAUACCAUGACAAUCAGCUUUAUUUUUCAUUAUUCUCAACAACAAAAUUAUGGAUGAAAUUGUGAUCAAACUUACUUGGUGUAAUUGAUUAACAAUGAAUCCAUCAAAGUUCAUGUACAUGCAGGCCAGCUGUCCAGCAUUUCCAAAAAAGGUACAUAUUUCUUUUAAAAAUAUUGAGUCAUAUCAGCCUACCAUUUAUAUUCAAUCUAUGUAUCAAUUUAUAUCAAAUAUGCAAAUACAUGUACAAGAUACUUAUACAAAUAGUUGUACUGCAUAAGAUGUGUGGGCUUAUGGAGAGUUUUUCUUUUUUUGCAAAACAUAAAUGAUAUACUUUACAUUAAAUACUGUGGAGAGAAUUUUCUUACAAAAGGAUAAGACAGUGGUGGUUCUAAAUAAAAUGGUUUGACUUUCAUUGUAUUUGUUUAACAAUCAGAGAUGACUAAGACCACAUUUCUACA